AUGUCAUCUCCUCCGCCAGAUCCGGCUGCGCAGGCUGCAGCCGCUGCAGCUUUUCACCAAUUCACAGUUGAGGCCUUCACUCUCUUGGCAGUUGGUAUAGCCAUCACCGUGCUCAGGACGUUUGCUCGCGUUAGAUUUGCUGGCUGGCGAGGCCUGAGCGGCGAUGACUAUCUUGCAUGGGUGGCUAUCCUUUUCUAUAUUGCGGAGACUUGUCUGGCAUAUAGUGUUGGAAAUGCAGCCAACGGACUCGCGAAUAAUAAUAUGACGGAUGAGCAGCGGGCUGCAUUGUCGCCAGAUGAUCCGGAGUAUCACUUGAGAGUGCUAGGCUCCAAGAUCCAGAUUGCGGGAUGGUCGACAUAUUCGACGCUUCUUUGGACGCUCAAGACGUCGCUGCUGAUAUUUUACAUCAGACUAACGGACGGAUUGGCCAAGCAUUACCGCGUUCGAAUCUACAUAGGCUUUGCUUUCCUUGCAGCCAGCUACAUUGUUGUGGCGCUGAAUCUAUACCUUUCAUGUCGACCUUUCCACAAGCUUUGGCAGAUAUAUCCCGAUCCUGGAAACAUUUGCCAGCCUGCCGUUUCUAACCAGAUUAUCUGGGUCUAUUGGGCAUUCAAUGUGACGACCGAUCUAUACAUCAUAUCGAUUCCGUUGCCCAUGCUCUGGACAACUACUCUGAAGCCUUGGAGGAAAAUAGGACUUAUUUUUCUCUUUAGCGGCGGAAUUUUCGUCGUCGUUUGCGCCACUCUACGUUGUGCGCUUAUCGUGUUGGAUACGGCAAAUGGUGCACAACUAGCUGGAUCUUGGGCUGUAAGAGAAACCUUUGUCGCAGUCGUCACUUCCAAUCUGCCCAUGCUCGUUCCUUUGCUCAAAACAUUGCUUGGCCCUCUUAUUGGAUCCAUUCUUUCCUCGAGGCGUUCAACACAAAAGCUGGAAGAUGCAACACCAAAAGACCUCGUUACCUUCGGCGGAAGCUCCAAGAGCUGGCGUGGCCGGGGCCCCCCAACUGCCAACCCAAUUACCAACUUCACGAUGAAUGAAAGCGAGGAACACAUUGUGGAAAAUGUCAACAUGCAGGACCUCAAAGUAUGGAGCGACGGCCAUGACGAAAGCCAGCAAUUGGGAACUAAUGACGACAAUAGGAACAUUCGGAAACACGUCGAGAUUGACAUUGUGAGCGUGGAUCGCCGCCUUUCGAAGCAAAUGUCUCCCGAUGAGCAUGCUAGGAGGCUUCGGGGAGGGUUUCCAUUUCCUGACAGCAGUUAA